UCUCCGCAGCCAUUAGGAGGAAGGAGAACGGCUGGUACGAUGAAGAGCAUCCCCUCGUCUUCCUCUUCCUGGGCUCAUCUGGAAUCGGUAAAACUGAGCUGGCCAAGCAAGUGGCACGAUACAUGCAUAAAGACAUUAAGAAGGGAUUCAUCCGGAUGGACAUGUCUGAAUUUCAGGAGAAACAUGAGGUGGCGAAGUUCAUCGGUUCUCCUCCAGGAUACGUGGGUCAUGAAGAAGGUGGUCAGCUGACCAAACAGCUCAAACAGUGUCCGAACGCCGUGGUUCUGUUCGACGAGGUGGAUAAAGCUCAUCCAGACGUGCUGACCAUCAUGUUACAGCUCUUUGACGAGGGUCGACUGACUGAUGGGAAGGGGAAGACGAUCGAGUGUAAAGAUGCCAUCUUCAUCAUGACGUCCAAUGCAGCUAGUGAUGAAGCCAAGCAGAGGCACAACAUCACGCUGCUGUGGGAGCGUCCCGUGCUGGAGCUGCUGGCCGGAGGAUAUAACCUGCAUUACGGCGCGCGCUCCAUCAAACAUGAGGUGGAGCGGCAGCUGGUGAAUCAGUUGGCGGCUGCGUUUGAGCAGGAGCUGCUGCCGAAGGGCUGUACGCUGCGUCUGAGCGUCGACGGAGAGCAGGAGAAGGACGGAGCUCCAGCUCUGCAUCUGGAGGUGGUGGGUGAAGACAGCACCGCCCGAAAACUGGACAUCCACCCGCCGCUGAACAACUGAGGACGUGACGUACACCCCCCGACAUCACUGAGACUCGGACAGAAUCAGACCAGCACAUGCGCUGCAGUGUUUGUCUGGUAAUCAAUCACUCACACACACAUCCGGUUAUUGGCAGAAAUGUAAAAAUGACGUAUGCGGCGUUCUCAUCUGCAAACACACCCGCAACGUUAAUAACUCACAUAAAUCACACAUGAUGUUUGUAAUAAAGAAGAUCUCCAUCACGUGUUCAGACGUAUAGAUGUGCGUAUUCAUUCAUGGACGUUACAGUAUAUAAGAGAACGUCUUGUGGUGCAUGUGAUCACUGAUGUUCUGUUUUCAGCAGCAGCACAUGUUCAUCUGAAUUAAAGUGUAUUCUGUACUUUAAACACUAAUGUUUCUUGUUAAUAUGAAAUAUAAAUGCAGUUAAUUCAUGUAUUGUGAAUGAUUCAUCA